UCCUCUUUCUAGUGAGCUCAUGAGCUAGCUGCCCUCUGUUCCUGACUACAGGACUCCAUGAAUACAGUGUAACCAGCAUGCAGGUUCUGCCCCCUUUGUUCUCUCAGCCAAUCAACAGCCUCGCUAUUUUCCUCUCGUCUACCUGGUUAAGGACCGUUAAAGUCAGAGGAGUGCUACAGAAAGUACAUUUAGACGUUUGUGUUCUGGAAAUCUGGUUCGAGAUUUGCAGAAGCAGCACAUCGUAAAGCUCCGAGAUGAACCACAGCAGUGCUGAUCGGGACUGUGAGUCCACACAGAUGCUGCACUACCUCAGUAAAAAGGAGGCUGUUGCCAUGGAGAUGGAGUUGCUGAGGGACUAUCACUUUGAUCUGCAUCAGCUGUCAGAAAUUUUAGGCCAUGCCUGUGCUGUUGCCAUCACAAAGACGUACCCGCUGAGCACUCUGGGUAAAAGGCAGCCCACUGUCCUAGUGGUGUGUGGGCCGCAUCAGAACGGCUGCAUCGGCCUGACAUGUGCACGCUAUCUGAGAUUAUUUGAAUACAUGCCCACUGUCUUCUACCCAAAACGCUCCUCACAAACCCCUCACCUGGACUUCACUGUACAGUGUGAGAAAAUGGACAUCCCUUUCCUGUCCUACCUGCCCACAGAGGUGCAGCUUAUAAACGAUGCAUAUAACCUGGUGGUAGAUGCACUGCUGGGUCCAGAGACAGAACUGGGAGCAGCAGAAGAACCCUUCACCAGCAUCAUGCUUACACUCAGAGGGGUUAAAAUCCCCAUCGCCAGCCUCGACAUCCCUUCAGGUUGGGAUCCUGAUGAAGCCAACGUCAACGGGAUUAAUCCCAAUGUCCUCAUCUCUCUGAUGGCACCAAAGAGAUGUGCACGCAGUUUCUCUGGGAAACAUUUACUCGCUGGACGUUUACUGCCCUACGACAUCCAGAAAAAAUAUGCGCUUAACCUACCCAAGUUCCCCAGUACAGCCUGUAUUACCCAGCUCCAUUAACAAGUCUGUAUAUGACUUUCAAUAAACCUCUUUCACAGUCACAUCUUGUAGCUUGUGAAAAAAAUCACUGAUCUAC